GGCAAUCGCUUUGGCUGAUGGCACUCAUUGGUACGCUAAUCUCUUUGGGGCUAGACCCAUCCCUCCUGACGCAGCUGGGCUGUUUUGUUAUCGUACCGGUACCUGCGAUGGCGGGAUACCCAACUCUCCGAGACGUGUCACCACUUUCAGGGACCCUUUGGAGCUGUGUGUCCUUGUUUCCAUGUUCUUAUCCCACACACUCCAAGCUUGCUUCUUCAGGGACGUUUCAAGUUGCAAUUGAGCUCUUUCACAAGCGGAAACAAAGAACGACCCCUUUGCACAUAACAAAAAAAAAAAAAAAAAAAACUAUAUUACUACUACUGUAGUCAGUCAUGCUACC